AUGGUGCGGCGCGGCCGGCGGCGCCGGCGGCGGGGGGCGGCGGUAGCCUCAGCAGCCGCGGUAGGCCCGCGGGCGGCGACCCGGGGCAAGAAACAGAUACCCAAGGAUGUGGCUGACAUUUUUAAUGCCCCCAGUGACAAUGAAGAUUUUCUGGGGUUCCAAGAUGAUGCUUCCAGACAGAGGUUGUUGUCAAAGAACAGCUAUGCUAAUUUUGAUUCUCUGGAGCCAGGAAAAAAGGGAGUUCGAUUUCAGUCCAGGUACCUCACUGAAGAACUGCAGAGGAUUUUCACUGAAGAUACCGACUCUGAAACGGAAGUGUUUGAGGGCUUCGCUUCAAGCGAGGUGGAUGUGAACAAGAAAGGAGUUCUGGCGAUUGAAUCGGACUUGAGUGAGGAAGAAGAGGAGGCAAAGAAGAAAGUUUCCCCCAAGAGAAGAAGCUUUGGCCUUCGUGUUGCCUUUCAGUUUCCCGCCAGAAAGUCGUCUGAGAAAAAAGUGUCUGAACAGGCUUUUUCUAACUUACCUCUAAAGGACAGUGAAUCCCUCCCACCUCAUUCAAAAGAAAUAAACUGCCAGCAGUGGGACAAACUAGAGGGCUCUGCUUCAGAGUCUGAAGAGGACAUUAAAGAAACACAGGAGGAAAGUUCCAGUGCUCUGCUUAAGAGAGCCAUAAAUAUUAAAGAAAAUAAAGCCAUGCUUGCCCAGCUUCUGGCAGAACUGAAUUCCAUACCUGACCUGUUCCCAGUGAAAACGCCCACCUCGACUCCUUCGAAACAGAAGAAAAUCCCAAGGAGGACAUUUUCUGAAGGCCAGAUAACACGUCGCAUGAACCCAACCAGAAACGCUCGUCCGCCGGAAAACUUUGCCUUGGAAAAAUUUACUGUGUCGGCUGUCAAAUUUGCGGAACACUUGCGUAGCUACAGACAACAAAACCUCUUGAAGAAGAGACUCAGUGUGCAGGGGGAUUGUGGAGUGCGCAAGAGGAGGAGGUCAUCAAGGUACUCAUCUUACCGUCCAGUCGAGGAUAUCACUGAUGAGGACUUGGACAACAUUGCAAUCACUGUUAAAGACAAGAUCUAUGAUAAAGUUCUAGGUAGUACUUGCCACCAGUGUCGACAAAAGACAAUUGACACAAAGACAAUCUGUCGCAACCAGGGCUGUGGAGGAGUAAGGGGGCAGUUCUGUGGACCGUGCCUUCGAAAUCGAUAUGGGGAAGACGUGAAAUCAGCACUGCUUGAUCCAGCCUGGAUCUGUCCUCCUUGUCGUGGGGUGUGCAACUGCAGCUACUGCCGCCGGCGGGACGGGCGCUGCGCCACGGGCAUGCUCAUCCACUUAGCCAAGUUCUAUGGCUACAACAACGUCAAGGAGUACCUGGAAAGUUUACAAAAACAACUGGUGGAUGCUGAUUGAGAACACUGAACUCAAGCUGUGCCUGCAAAUGGUUACUCUCUCGACAAAUUUUGACUUCAAAAGGUUAUUACUAUGUUUUAUAUAAGAUAGAAUUGUAGAAUAUAGUAUAUGCAUUUCUGUGUUGGAACUUGUUGAUUGUUGUGGUCUUAUGCAAAAGAUCUCUCAGGAAAAUGUUUUGGUAGAGAAAUCUACAUGCACAGACCCUAUACAUUAAGUGAAAUGGCACUCUUGAACUUUGGUUAAUUUUUAAUAGAGCUACACAGCCAGAUGAUGGAGAACUUGGUCGAUUUGAGUAAUAUUUUUCUUUAUAUAAUUGGACAAGUUUGCAGAAAGGUGUUUUAACAUAAACCAUACCCCAUCUUCAAAGAAACAGACCUCCCCCUGUGUUCCAGCUUAACCAUAAAGAUUCAUUUUUCCAGCCCUUGCUUUCUGAACCUAUUCCAAAACCUGUAGUUUGUUGAACUUGUCCCUGCAAAGAAGGGAGGGGUACUUUCAUUUGAGUGCCAAUAUAUUCCAUUAUAUUCCAGCCAGUGCUGAUGCAACCUAAAACUGAGAGUAUGAUUUUUUUUUUUUAAAUUCCAAAGUGCAAUUAAUCACCAAAACAUGAGUGGAAAUGCUUUUAAAAAUAAUUUUUUAAAAUAUUUAACAAUUUCCAACAGCAACCCAAUAAAGAAUCGCUCACCAUCAGUUUUUGUGUGUGAUGCACCUGCUGCCUGAACCAGCUACCUUACAGCAAUCAUAACUAGCUAACUGGGUUAAAUUACAAAGUUUGGGAUUAUUUUU